UUUCAUAAUCAAAUUGUUAGGUUGUAGUUUAUUACUUUUAUAGAUUAUCCAUUGAUCUUUCAUUCAUUUGUUUCUGUUAUAAAUCCCAUAAUUAGUGGUCAUACAAUAAAAACUAUACUUUGGAGAAGCAACACACAAUUCAUGUUUUCUUUUAUAUAGUAAUAUAGUAUAUAUCAUAUAAUAUAAUAAUCCAAUUUAUACUUUUGGAAGCAACUUCUUGUUUUCUUCUUGAUAAUAAUGUUGUGACGUGGCGCCACGUGGGGACAUGGCCAGCAUGAUAUUGAUAUAUUUAAUUGGACUGUAGUACUAUAUAAUAAAAAUGAAAAUGAUAUAUAGUUCCAUUUAUUAAGUAACUCGUGAACACAGAGAUAUUGCAGUUGGAGUGGAGGAUCAUCAUCAUCAUCAAUUCAUCAUGGCUUUCAAUUAUACUACUGAGGAGCAAAAGAAAACUGUAGACCAAUCCAUGUUACUGUGCUGCAAGUUCUUUAUCUCGGAAGGACGUAACAUUGCUACUCUUGAUGCAAUUGAACGAGCUGCUAGGUCGAAUCUAGAAACUGUCAUUGUGAACAAAUUUCAUGAUAGAACUUACAACAGGGCAAGGUACAACCUCGUAUCGUAUGUUUUGCAUGACUGCACAGGAAAUGCCAUAUACAGCCCCCUGCAACAAACUGUUGUGGCCAUGGCUGAGGCUGCAUUCAAUGCAAUCAACCUUGAAUUUCAUGAUGGGGCUCACCCCCGCUUAGGAGCAGUUGAUGACAUUGUUUUCCAUCCACUUGCUUGUGCAUCAUUGGACGAUGCAGCGUGGUUGGCGAAAUCUGUGGCAGCGGAUAUUGGCAACCAAUUCAAUGUACCUGUAUUUCUUUAUGCUGCUGCACACCCAACAGGGAAACAACUCGAUGCAAUAAGGCGAGAACUCGGAUAUUAUCGGCCUAAUUCCAUUGGAAACCAAUGGGCAGGGUGGACUAUGCCUGAUAUUCUACCUCAAACACCAGAUGAAGGGCCUAUUGUUGUUACAAGAUCCAGAGGCAUUUCAAUGAUUGGUGCACAAUCUUGGGUCACGCUCUACAACAUACCACUAUUGUCGACCGAUGUAUCAGCAGCAAGAAGGAUUGCAAGGAAGGUUAGUGCUCGUGGUGGAGGGCUUCCUACGGUGCAGACACUCGGGAUUGUUUGUGAGGAUUCAACUGAAAUAGCUUGCAUGUUGUUGGAGCCUAAUCGGGUUGGAGCUGAUAGGGUGCAGAAUUUGGUUGAGAUAUUGGCAGCACAAGAAGGAUUAGAUGUAGAAAAAGGAUACUAUACUGACUUAUCUCCGGAAAUGAUAGUAGAACAGUACAUGAACCUGAUCUCUGCUAAAAAAUCAUCACCAUAACAGUGAAGGUAUCAUUGAAGUAACUUGUAUUUUGUUGGAUCCAAAGAAUGUUGGUGGUGAAAGAGUACACCAAGAAUUUGAGAACCUUGCAAGGGAAGAAAGUAUUUCUAUGGAGAAGGGGAUACUACGCAGAUUUUUCACAGGAAGAAAUUGUUAAAAGUUACAUAAACUGUUUGAAGAGAGAAUUUGAUGUGGAAAAAUUACUUUUUGCCAUCCGGUGAAUUUUCAUUCCAAUUUCAAAUUGGCCUUAAUUUAUAUACACUGUCAGUGUAACUUUUUACAUUCGCAAUCAAUCAUCAUGUUUGAUCAUCAAGAAUAUUUGACUUCUAUGCUAAUUAUUUCUAAAAUCAUAUACAUGAUUGGUUGUAAUGUGCCGACGGUGUAAAUGUCACAACCAUUGAUAUAUUAGGCAUAUUGUUCUCCACUAAACAUGUUUGAUCAUCAAGAAUAUUAGGCAUAUUGCUUAA